GUGACUUGACUGGAAAGGGUCCCAAAAGCUGUUCGGGUCCCGGUCAUGUGCAUCUUCUCAGCCAAUCAGGAUGCACUUAUUUAGAUCAGCAGUGUUUGGACGGAAAUUCAAAUAGAUCUUUAAGGGACAAGUGGAUGGGCUGGCGAAGAUUGUAAUCAACAUAUGGGGAAGAUUUCGAUCCCGCGGAUGGAGGAUCAGAAGUAGAUGGACCGGAUAUAGGUGGAUUCGACUCAGACGUUUGGGGAGAUUUGACGGAGAGAGAGGUUGGGCAUCCAGUGUAGCGGAAAGCUUCAGAGGGUGCUUGAUGCACUAACAUUUGGCGCAUUCAAGUGUAUGGAGAUCAUGUUGGUAUUUCAUAUUGUAAGGACUUCAUAGCUUGCGCCGCAGUGUUGGAAAUUAUCGAAGUGUUGCCUCAAGGGCCAGCCAAGCAAACAAACAUACAGCAAAGAUUAUAUAGAUAAUUGACGGGCAUCGUAGCCAUUCCAAAGGACGUGACGAGUCACGACUUAGUCGGUCAAGUCUUCACACGACUCCGGAGACUAGUCGCGAAGGGCACAACACUGCUUCAGGUUCAUCCCUACUCUGAAGAUCAUGAACAGCCGCAUCUUUAUGUGUACAGCGACACUGGUUUCCGCUUCGUCGCUCGCUCUAACGCCAGACGCUCACUAUUGGUCAGGGUCGCGUUGGGCCAACCAAGGGGGCAUUUCUCUACUAUGCGAUCCAGAUUUCCCUUCUGACAAGCCCAUUUCGAUCGGAAACUCUCAGUUCAUCGGUCUAUCUGACGGAGUGACGGAUGGUUCUGGCUUAAUCAAAGCCACGACGGCGGCCUUUCGUUUCAUCAAGGAUAACUCAUUUCCACCCCAGUGGACUAUUAGUUCCUUUGACAACCCUUCGCUGACGGUUGGGCUAAGGUCAAAUCAGCCAUUAUUCUUGAGCAAACAGACCACUUCCGUCCCCAAGUUCCUGAUUGACUGCAACUCGUCGUGUGGGUAUUUCUUACUCGGCGAUGGCUGUUUCAUCACCUCGGCCUCCGAUCCAAAUGUGUGUGUACAAGUCGGGGAUCACAAUGGGUUUGCAGGUGCAAGUGGGGACCCUUUGACCCUUCGACCCUGCCAGAAGAAUGACAGUCAGAGAUUUAACUUCUUCCUCAUGGAUCGGCCCUCGACCACUUCAAAGCCUGUCCCUUCGUCCACAACCGUCGUCGAUUCAACUACCACCUCGACAUCAAGGCCUAAUCAGUGUACGCCCGACUUCCCAGAGGACGAACAUGUGGACUGAAACAAUUCGGAGACUAUCGGCUUCUCUGAUGGCAU